AUGUCCUCAGCGUCAGAUCACAGUACUUUUAAAAACAGUUCCGAGGACAGGGAAUCACCAAAAGUUUCAAAAGUCCAAAUUUGUGGUGAGGGUGGAGAAUAUGUCAUCAUCGGAAACAACAAAUAUUACCGUCAUGAACUAAUGUCUGCUUUUAGUGAUGUUUCAAGAUCAGCACCAAUUAUCGGAAGAUAUCCCAGACGAAAGAUCACUCCCGCCCCCAUCGGUUUAUGUGGUUUUGGAAUGACGGCUUUUACACUGGGAAUAUACACCUCACAAGCAAUGGGUAUCCAAAUCCCAAAUGUCGUUAUAGGAUCAGCCUGUUUCUUUGGCGGAAUGACACAGUUCCUUUGUGGCUUCUUUGAAUUCUUUACUGGAGACACAUUUGGUUUCACAGCCUUGAGUUCUUAUGGGGCGUUUUGGAUGAGCUACGGUGCUAUUUUUGUUGAAGGGUUUGGAAUUGCUAAGGCUUACGAAGGAACAAACGAGUUCAACGACGCCAUGGGACUAAUGUUAGUGGCUUGGGCAAUAUUUACUUUCAUGAUGGUAAUUCCUACGCUCAAGUCAACUGUUCCAGGCUUUUUGUUGUUCUUUUUCUUGUUCCUUACAUAUGCAUUUCUUGGUGCAGGAGCUUUAAGUGGAAAAAUUGGUGUUACUCGGACUGGAGGUGUAGUUGCUAUGAUUACCGCGAUUACAGCAUGGUAUAAUGCUUAUGAGGCUGUGGCAAACAGAUCGACAUCUUAUUUUGUUCCUCCUUCAUUGCCAAUGCCAAAAUUUACUAAAGGGGAAUAG